CGAGCCCCAUGCGUCCCCUGAAUUUCCAUGCAACCCAUCCAGAUAAGUCCAGACUGAAGGAGCAGAGUCCAAAGCUCGUUUCUCAUAUGUGCGGAUGAAAUAUCUUUUCUUUUCCUGGUUGGUGGUUUUUGUUGGAAGCUGGAUAAUAUAUGUGCAGUACUCCACCUAUACAGAACUGUGCAGAGGAAAGGACUGUAAGAAAAUAAUAUGUGACAAGUACAAGACUGGAGUUAUUGAUGGGCCUGCAUGUAAUAGCCUUUGUGUUACAGAAACUCUUUACUUUGGAAAAUGCUUAUCUACCAAGCCCAACAAUCAGAUGUAUUUAGGGAUUUGGGAUAAUCUACCAGGGGUUGUGAAAUGUCAAAUGGAACAAGCACUUCAUCUUGAUUUUGGAACAGAAUUGGAACCAAGAAAAGAAAUAGUGCUAUUUGAUAAACCGACUAGGGGAACUACUGUACAGAAAUUCAAGGAAAUGGUCUACGGUCUCUUUAAAGCGAAAUUGGGUGAUCAAGGAAACCUCUCUGAACUGGUUAAUCUCAUCUUGACAGUGGCCGAUGGAGACAAAGAUGGCCAGGUUUCCUUGGGAGAAGCAAAGUCAGCAUGGGCACUUCUUCAAUUAAAUGAGUUUCUUCUUAUGGUGAUUCUUCAAGAUAAAGAACAUACUCCCAAAUUAAUGGGAUUCUGUGGUGAUCUCUAUGUAAUGGAAAGUGUUGAAUAUACCUCUCUUUAUGGAAUAAGCCUUCCAUGGGUCAUUGAACUUUUUAUUCCAUCUGGGUUCAGAAGAAGCAUGGAUCAGUUGUUCACACCAUCAUGGCCCAGAAAGGCUAAAAUAGCCAUAGGACUCCUAGAAUUUGUGGAAGAUGUUUUCCACGGACCCUAUGGAAACUUCCUCAUGUGCGAUACUAGUGCCAAAAACCUAGGCUAUAACGAUAAAUAUGAUUUGAAAAUGGUAGACAUGAGAAAAAUUGUGCCAGAGACAAACCUGAAAGAACUUAUAAAGGAUCGUCACUGUGAGACUGAUCUGGACUGUGUCUAUGGCACAGAUUGUCGAACUAGCUGUGACCAGAGUACGAUGAAGUGUACUUCAGAAGUGAUACAACCAAAUUUGGCAAAAGCCUGUCAGUUACUCAAAGACUAUCUACUUCGCGGUGCUCCAAGUGAAAUUCGUGAAGAAUUAGAAAAGCAACUUUAUUCUUGUAUUGCUCUCAAAGUCACAGCAAAUCAAAUGGAAAUGGAACAUUCUUUGAUACUAAAUAACCUAAAAACAUUACUGUGGAAGAAAAUUUCCUACACAAAUGACUCUUAGUUCAUUUGGACAUUGUGACCAUGGUAGAAAAUCUACCACUUAAAAAGAAAAAUUUUGGCUUCUGAUUCAGAUCCCUGACAGUUACACAAACCUCCUUUCCCCUGGUCCUAAGAAGCCAUCAUAAAAUACAUGUCAAAUGCUGAAGUAAUGGCAGGAGGCAUAGGAUCAACAUUCAAAAAGAUUUCAUUCCUGUUUUUUUUUGCUUUUUUGGAAGCCCUGGUACAUUUCCCAGUAGAUUCACUGUUAACUAUUUUGACUGACUUAAAAUAAUGCUGUGAAAAGCCUCAUUCCAUAAACAUCAACAGUGAAAGUAUUCUGUAGAUUUGUUAGCCAAAAUACCAUUGCUGGACACAUUGUGUUUGCAUUGAAGCUGCUGUUUAAAAGAAAAUUUAUACAUAAAUUUACUAACGUCUUAGCAUGGUAAAGUUUGCACAUUAACAGAAAUUAAGACUGCAAAGCAGGUAAAUUAAAAUUACUCCUUUAUAAACAAA